GUAAUGGACUAGCACAGGGUCAGCAACGCGCAGGACGGACAUUAAUUUCUUCAUUUAUUACAACCUACAAAAAUAAAUAAAAAUGCCGGCUCCAGCAAGUUCCACUUCCGUUGGCAGCGGAUCACGUUCACCCAGCAAACUGUCGGCGCCACGUAGCGCUGGUGCGGGCAGCACCUUAAAACAGCGUAAAACUACCAGUAGUAAUACAGCAGCCAGAAGCCGUGCUCCCGGUGGCGCAGGCACAGGUGGCAUGUGGCGUUUUUAUACAGAUGACUCGCCUGGCAUCAAAGUCGGUCCAGUCCCAGUGUUGGUGAUGUCCUUGCUUUUUAUUGCAUCUGUAUUUAUGCUACAUAUUUGGGGCAAAUACAACCGUUCGUAAAACACAUUUCGCUGGGACUUAAAUACUUUCACCAAAACAAACGCAGAGGGCCCCACUAUCGACGUCAUCAGAUUUUAUUGACAUCAAAAAACCAAACAGAUUCACUGGCGCGGUUGCUUCAGCAUUCCCUUUAGUUGGGGCAUUGGUGUUUUCCAUUUGAAAUUAUUACAUUAGCUUAAGUUACCGUCGUUACACCAUAAAAUAAUUUCUUUGAAUAAUUUUCCAAAUUCAUGUCUGAUUCUUGUUGACAACUUGAGUUUAUAGCAAAAACUCUUUCCACAAUUUAUCAUGGUCGUGAAAGAUUUAUUUUGUGCAUUAUUUCCUCGCACCGCCGAUGCGAAUACGAAAUUCAUAAAGUGCUAAGAUAAAAUACAAACGUUUUAUACAAAAAUAA